GGAGUUUCUAGAGAUGGGAAGAGGAAAUGGCACGUGGCGGGUGGAGUACGUGGCGUGGACAGCACAGCGUCCACGUGUACUUGGAGUGUUAUAUUGUUACCACUUGGCCCGUUAGGACCGACUGUUCAGAUGGGUCCAGUGGUGCCACAGUGGACGCAGACCCUCUGUUUCUGCAUCUCCAUAUUGACCAGACUCUGGCUCGAAAUGGACAUUAGAGAUGGUGGAAGGUCGAAGCAGAGAGAUCCGAGCGGUUUAUGAGGAAGGCCAUGAGUAGAAGAUCAAACCAAAACCAACCAGCAAGUAGUUGAGUAGAAUUAUAAUCAAGAAAAGGCAUAAGAUCUCUCAAAUGUUUUAAUUCUACCAUUUAUCUAAAAUGUUUAUUGAUUUAUUACUUUUUGGUUCUUAAGGAUAAAGAUAAAGAUAAUGAUAAAGAUAAGAAAAUUGAGUAAAUAAAUUACAUUGUAAAAUCCGUUCGUCUGAUGAAACUUGGCUGAGAAUUGGGCAUGGAGGAGGAGAAGCUUUCCUCUGUAGCCAAGAGAUUCACCGCUUCACCAAUUCAACAACUCUCUCUUAUUGCUCAGCAAUGCAACGCCAUCAACCUCGCCGAAGGAUUUCCUGAUUUUCCGGCACCGCUCACCCUAAAAGACGCCGCCAUUUCCGCCAUCAACUCCGAUUUCAACCAGUACAGGCAUGUGCAGGGAGUAUGUGACGAACUCGCCAGGAUAGCAAAGAAAACACAUGGCUUAGAUGUUAACCCUCUUACCGAUAUUGCUAUUUGUUGUGGCCAAACUGAGGCAUUUGCUGCUGCUGUAUUUUCCGUGAUAAAUCCUGGUGAUGAAGUUAUAAUUUUCGAUCCGUCGUUUGAUACAUAUGCAAAUGUUGUAUCCAUUGCAGGGGGCGUGCCAGUAUAUGUAACACUUGACCCACCUCAGUGGAAUCUGGACCCAAAUAAGCUUUUGAAGUCCUUCACGCAUAGAACAAAAGCUUUAGUAUUGAACAGCCCUCACAAUCCAACUGGAAAGGUGUUCUCCAAAGAUGAACUUGAUACAAUUGCGGGAGCAUGCUGCGCCAAUGAUUGCCUAGCCAUAACAGAUGAAGUUUACGAGUAUAUAACAUUUGGCAAUGCAAAGCAUAUAUCUCUUGCCACACUUCCAGGAAUGCACUUGAGGACGAUCAUUACAUCUUCAUUGUCUAAAACGUUUUCUGUUACAGGUUGGAGGGUUGGUUGGGCUAUCGCUCCUGCUUAUAUUGCCUCUGCAAUGAGGAACAUUCAUGUUAGAAUUACAGACUCUGCUCCAGCCCCUUUCCAGGAAGCUGCCUUGAUUGCAUUGCGAAGUCCUCCGGAAUUUUUUGAGUCACUAAGACGAGACUACGAGGCAAAAAGAGACUUCAUCGUUAAGUUGCUCGUCGAUAUUGGUUUUCAAGUCCAGUUUGAGCCUCAAGGCUCCUUUUUUCUAUUUGCAGAACUCCCCAAAAGUUGCACACUUACUGAUGUUGAUUGUGUCGAGGAACUAAUAAAACGAGCCGGAGUGGUGGCGGUGCCAGGAUGCGGAUUUUUUCAAACGAAUUCGUCGAAAGACAAGCGCGUCGAGGAAGAUCGUAGCUACCAAAAGAGAUAUAUCAGGUUUGCUUUCUGCAAAAGUGAUGCCACUUUGACAUCUGCUGCACAAAAACUCAAUGAGACAAAUUUUGAGUUUCUUAAGAUGCAAUGAUUAUAGCGAGCAAGGAGAUGGUUACUAUGAAGUAGAGAAGUUUGAGACAACUUUUUAAGAGUGAUACUUUAGAUUACAUGCCAAUUUGUUUAACAUUUAUUACUGUUCGAACUUUUUUGGGCAAAUAUUUGUUAUUGAGAUAAAGCUAAAGAGAGAUUUAUUACUGUUAGA